AUUCUGUUAGAAGCGCCAGUUACACUCUAUGGUCUAAACUACUGUGUGUGGACACCUGACCAUCACACCCACAGGCGCUUGUUUUAAAGUCUGUCUCUCCUUUGCCGUUAUAAUAACCUCCACUUUUCUGGGAAGGUUUUCCACUAGAUUCUGGAGCGUGGCUGUGGGGAUUUGUGUUCGUUCAGCUACCAGAGCAUUGAUGUUGUUUGAGGAGGUCUGGAGUGCCGUCGGUGUUCCAGUUCAUCCCGAAGGUGUUCAGUAGGGGUUGAGGUCAGGGCUCUGUGCAGGACACUCGCGUUCUUCUACCUUCUUCCAACCUUAACACAGCAUGUCUUCAUGGAGCUGGCUUUGUGCACAGGGGCAUUGUCGUGCUGGGACAGUGUCUGGGCCUCUAAGUUCCAGUGAAAGGGACAUUUUAAAAGCAAAGGGAAAUUCUGUGCUUGUACAUUUUGUGCCGACAGUUUUGGGAAGGACCACACACACACACAUUUUGAUGGUUUGAUGGCCAUUGUCUGAACUAGUUAGGGUUGCUAAGUUAUUAAGUUGCUGUCCCUUAGCAGGCAGGCAGGCAGCGGAUGCUAAUGAGCAUGUUCAGAGUGAGUGUCACCACUGUAGCUUCUUGUUGAUGGGCGCAGUUGAUGAUAGUGUUGACAAACUGACCUCUGUUUAUAACUCCUUUCUCCAAAACCACUCUGGAAACCACAGAGACGUAUAAAGAAUAACAUUCAGAAUGAAAUUGCAAUUCAUCGUGCUUAGGGAACAGAAAGAUUGUGAAUAAAUGAACCAAAGAUGGAAGUAAUGUCAGGCUGUGUGUCGGUUGUACAUCAAUUCCAACUUUAAUAGACACACACACACACACACACACACCACAUACAUUUGCCACACAUUUAUAUACAUUUGCCCACAGUGUAUUAAUAAUAAACUGCCGAGACCACUAGUGUUGCUUGUUGUACUUUCAGCUCUAUAUUGAGCACAAGCUUAGGGUGAUAGGUGUGUCUAAGAAUGACAGCGAGACACUUCCUCUUCGAUGGUAAAAGCGUUUUUUUUUUUUUUGGCCAACCUCCUGCUUUAGAGGAAGAGAAGUGUACUUAGCAUAAAUGUGUGAGGAGAGAAAGUGUCACAUGUCUGCUUCAGAGCCUACUCAAAUGGUAGCACGAAUCUAAAGAGUGACCCGGUGCUGUCGGGUUCGGGUCUCGGAUCAGUCUCAAAUCAUCAGCAUUUUCUGUGAAGUUGAUGGAGUAAUGACAAGGUGAAGAUCCACUUUGAUGUCUGCUGGUGGUUUGGGGAUGGAUGACUCGAUGGAUGAAACAAGGGCCGCACCAUUAAGGCAACCGAAGGAAGGUUGUGUCCUCACGAGACAACCCGCGACGAAACGCUACAGUGAGAUUUUACGGGACUUCGAUAACUUGGAGCUGUCCUUAUGUUGCAGCCCGUCUCCGGAGGAGCUACUCGGAGACUCUGAUAUUCAGUCGCUCUCAGAGACAGUAGACACGACGUUGGAUGAUUUGUCUAGUGAAGACGUGGAAAGCACGCUGGUCUGUCCUGAUGGAGAAGAAAAAGAUGGUGGCAUGUCGGCCCAGGAUGCUGAUGUGACCAUGUGUCGCGCCGAGGGCGGCGUGGAGCUCGCCUUACAGUACGCCAAGAUGUGGUGCCGCUACGCCAAGGACCUCCUCACCUGGAUCGACAAGAGAAUCACCCUGGAGCAAGAAUAUGCCAAGAAUAUCACGAAGGCAGCGGAAACCACGAAGUGUUGUAUUGCUCAGCAGGACCUGAUGCCGCUGCAGUCGAUUUACAGCAUGGUUCUGGAGCAGGACCUGAAGAGCAGCACAUCAGCCAAACACACCACUGAGCUCUUAUACCAACGAUGCUACCAGGCUUUGUCUGCCAAGCGUAAUGAGAUUGACAAGUGGCGUCGGGAGUUUAAAGAGCAGUGGACCAGGGAGCAGAAGAGAAUGAACGACGCGGUUGCGGCGCUGAAGCGAGCUCGACAGCAGUACCUACAGCGCUGUGAGGAGCUGGAGAAAGCCAAAGCCAUGACUGCCAAAGGAGUCGAUGAACUCAGCGGCACAAAGACCCUGGACAAGAGGAGGAAGUCUCAAGAUGAGGCUCAGUCCAAGGUUUCAGAGGCUGAGAUGUUAUACAGGCAGUGUGUGAGCGAUGCGAAGGCUCAUCAGGAGGAGCUGGAGAAAGUGAAGGAGAGGAUCAUCGUCCACACCCGCAAGCUCAUCUGCCAAGGAGACAACGUGCUCAAAGAGGUGACGGUGAACAUGUUCUUCUACCAGAGACAGCAGAUGGAGCAGAUCCCUUUAGGAUACCUGAACCUGGAGCUGACCUGCAGGCCGUGCGAGCCCGGAGAACCCUACCUGCUCUACAUCUCCAGGAAGUGCGGACCUGAGCAGCCCCUUCAGACCUUCACCUUCCAGGAGUUCAUCCCUCAGAACAAGAGAACUCGUAAAGUGAGUAACGCCCUGACGCCGCUGCAGGACUCGUAUCCUCUACCCGAGGACAUGAAGCGCUACAGUGAUGGAAGAACAGCACGCAUCGCAUACAGCGACAGUGACAGCAUCGGAGGAAGCCUGGAGUCUCUCUCCAGUCCAGCCCAUAUGAAUAAGCUGCCGAAAGCUCCGUCUACUGGAACCGUGUCCUCCGAUGACCUGGACGAGAGAGAACUGAGCGCUGAAGCUGAGAGUUCUGAUCCUCUAAACGACAGUAACGGCACCUACUCUAAAGUGCGCACCACGUCCCGAGCAGCCCUCACUCACCGCCUCAAGAAAACAAAGAGCAAAAUGCAAAAGUGCAAACUGUGCGACAACUUUAUCCUGGUCAGCGGCAUCGAGUGUGAGGAGUGUGGCUUGAUGGUGCACAGGAAGUGUCUGGAUCUGUGCCAGAUCGAGUGUGAGCGCAGGAGGGGGGUGCUCUUUGGGAUCGAGUUCUCCAUGUUGCCCAGAGAGCAGCCGCAGGACGUUCCCUUCAUCGUGCAGCGCUGUACCGAAGAGCUCGAGAGCCGAGCACUGACCGUGCAGGGUGUUUAUCGGAUUAGUGGGUCAAAACCCAGAAUCCUAAAACUGUGUCACGCUUUUGAGACCCAGAAAGACCAGGUCGACCUUUCGGACCUCUCGCCCCAUGACAUCACUUCCGUUCUCAAGCUCUUUUUCAAAGACCUUCCCGAGCCGUUGCUGACCUUUGACCUUUACAACGAUUUCAUCAACAUUGGAAAAGACAUUCAGAAGCUCACCGAGAAAGACCAUUCAGAUGACAGUGCUCAGAUAGCGGAGAGCAUAUUGAGCAAUCUGAAGCAGGUUCUAGGGCGACUUCCUCCCUGUAAUUACAGCACGCUGCAGUACAUGAUGGCUCACCUGUACAGGAUAUCAGAGUGUGAAGAGAAUAAGAUGUCUCCCGGUAACCUGGGCAUCGUGUUCGGCCCCACUCUCCUGCGCCCCCUUGUGUCAGGCGACGUGUCCAUGAUCGCCCUUUUGGAAAGCAGUUACCAGGCCCUGCUGGUGGAGUUCAUGAUCUCACACCAAGACCAAAUCUUCGGUCCUACUCCGAAGACGUGCACACCUCUUCCACCUGUACCCACUAACCCACCCCCGCGGGCGGAGCCUGAGUCUGACACAGCUGACGAGCGUGGAGCCUUGACCAGAGAACGGCCGCGGUCUCUCGAGUCCUGGCUAUGAGGGACGUGCAGGGUGCACUCAUGGACCCAGUCGAGGUAGUGUACUCCAACGAGGAAUCAGCGGGAAUUCUGCGAGGUUGUGCGUAUACAGCAGCUCCAGCUCUGCAGCACUAGAGACUAGAGAAAAAUAAACAUCUCCAGCGGUGACCACACUCCUUAGCCCUGGGAAUCCUGAAUCAAACAUUGCCAUUAGGACAGAUAUGAUGGAUAAAUGAUGGUAGCCACCUGGUAUAUAAGACCGCUACUGUCCACAGGAAGUGACCCGAUGGAUCAGGAUACACAGGACCAUUUUGUUCAGACUGAACCCGAGAAAAAACAGCUCAUGGAAAGAUGAACAAAUCCGUUUUGUACCACGUGCUGAUACAUUUUAAAAAGAUAAGCGUCCUUCAAGGAUUCUUCAAGGGUUAUUCAAGGGUUCCUUGAAUAAUUAAGAGUGCAUAGCUUCCUAAACGGUUCUACAGGGAAACACUGAAUAACUCUUAACGGUCACAUUUAACCAUAAAACAUGGAUUAGGAUACAUAAGUGCACGGUUAUAUCAUUUUUUAAAAAACAACACGGCUUGGUUGUCUUAAAUUAUUGUGCAUGUUCAUUUUCAUUUAAUCUAGAACCCUGUGUUAAGAUUAUUCUAGCAGUAUUAGCUUCUUGAUAUAAUUUUUUUAAACGGAGACAUGAUUCAACUGACUUGCUCUCAUCCUUGGAUUAUGUAUAAAACAGGAAAUCAUUUUAGGACUAUGUUAGGACAGCGUUUAGACCUUUCAUUGAUAAUUGUUGUAUUUUGUAUAUUUGAAUUAUGUUCCCCAGUGGAACCUAAAUAUAUUUUUAUAAAAAGAACAAACUGAGUUUGUGGAAUAAAAAAAAUUAUAAUUU